UGCGACGGAUUGAAAUUCGGGUUCCCACGUUCUUGUCACCCUAUGGCCUCACAUGCCCGCUCAUCCUCAACACCUACGGGCUCACCCAGGCCGAAUUUUUCAGCCAGAACAAGGGGUUUCAAUGCCGGGCGCCCAUCCCAGUAGACACUCUGGUUAACGUCACCAGCCGGGCCUUUUCCCAGUGCACUUCCAUGUACACUGCUAAUUAU